CGAAUGACGCAGCACGAAGCGGACGGGAGUUUGCCUGUGCUUGGCUAAUAAGCCCCUAGCCCCCAAGGCCCCAAGCUCGGGGCAGGCACGCUCCAUGGGGCGUAGGUGCCCUAGGACGCUGGAGUGGGUUCCGCUGGCCCCAGCAGCUGCAAGGUUCUUUUCGGCUGCAAUGCUGUGCCGCGAGGGUUAGAGACAGAUUGCGCCACGCGAAAGGAGCCUGUGGAGGGUCUCUCGACCACCGUUUCUGAGCGAAUUUCUUAUAAGGGCAGUUGGACUGGGCCCUGGCGCGCCGCUGCGCGAUUCAGGCCAAGCUCGGCGGUUAGUCAGGUUUUGUCCCAACCUGCAGCAGGCGAGCCGCCGCACUCUCACUUUCCCCCCACUUCAGUCCCUUCAUUGCAUCCAUUUUGUCAAGAUGAGGGCUAAGUGCCUGCCCAUGAUUUUAAACCAUCAAACAACCAUGUAUGCCCCGGAGAACCGUGCAGCAGUGCCAAACCCAAAUGCACCAUCAAGACUGCCGCCAACAAUAGUGCUGCCGGCAACGGCCACGGGCCCAGAGCGGAAAUCCGGCACCCUGCAGGGACCGUCGGCCAAGCAGUGGGCCCAGCACCGCGACAAGAUCAUCAGCCUGUAUCGAAAGCAUCCGCUAAAGCGAGUAAGCGAGAUCAUGAGAAGGGAAUAUGGCUUCUCCGCAAGCAAGCGCAUGUACGACAAGCGGUUCCGCGAGUGGAACGUCUUCAAGAACGUCAACAGCGACGAGAAGGACCGGCUCGUCCGGAUUGCCAACUUCUCUGACAAGGACAGCCGUAUGGGCCAGGCCGAGCUUCGCAAGACGGUCCAAGUCACCAGGAAAAUCACUCAGGGGUUGAGGAGAUCCCCGGUGGUUGACACUCUUCUUGGGCCAUCUUCUGCCCAAGCAGUCACAUCUUAUCGCCACCCCGCCCAGCAAAGCCAAGGUGCUCUCACCACUCUCAACCAACUGAAAGAACAAGACAGCACUUUGCUAGGGCUUGGCAUUCUCAAAACAGAAGCCUCCUCACCUCACUCCCAAUUUUCGUCACCCGAGCUGGUCUGCACGACUCCAGUAUCAGACAUGAGUUCCUCCGACGAUCACCUCUCCAUCCCGUCGGCUGCUCGUUCGGCAUCCAACUCGCCGGCGCCCAGCCUUGGUGCAUAUCAACUCCAGAUUCAGACUCUGGCAGGGUCCCCUCCGCCGCCCAUGACACCUGACUCAAAAACCCGCAUCCUCGACAUCAUCACAUUGAGCAUUCGAGACUAUUACGACUGGCAGCUUCAAAACAUUCCAGAGGGUGUGCUCCCUGACGACUAUCUCGGCCUCAGGGUUUCGGAAGAGUCGACGCAGUACUGGGGCGACAUCAAGAAUGCCAUCUACAUGAUCAAGAUCUCAGUCGGGUCCACCGAAGAGCUGGAACACCGGCCUGACCGCCGAGCAUGGCCCGUAUUCGCACGAGCUGGUACCCUUGCCGCCUCGGCAAUGAUCAAUCAGCCGUUUGACUUUCUGCGAAAUGUCCUCGCUACCCUGUCGCCGGCGAAUACCAGCGCUCGGCCAGAGUUGCGAUCCAUUCUCCUCAAGUUCCUAGCCACCGAGGCGCGGAACAACCUCUCGCCCAACCAUCCCAUCACCCUGAUUUGCCAAGAGCUACAGAAAGAUGAGGGGUGCCAGGAGAUCUCGCGGCGCGCUCUGCAAUGCAUGCUUGACGUCUUCAACAGCCGGCUGGGCCGGUCUCGUGCCGUCACCUUCAAGCUGCUCGACUCGCUUGCCACACUCCUAAGGCGCAACGGCGAGUUUGAGGCCGCCAUGGAAAUUAUCACUGAGCUCCUCAACUCAUGCCGCCAAGUAUUCGGACAUGAUUCGGACCAGGCGCGGGCCGUCGAGAACGAGCUUGCCCAUUUCUACAUGAUGACAGAUGAGUGCGACCGAGCACUCGAUCACUGCAUGGCUGUGGUCAAGCGCCCCCAAGCACCAGGAAUUCCUGUUGAGGCGGAACCCGUCUUUUACCAGGAUAGUAUUGCCGCACACACCAUGGAGGACAUCGCCGAGAUACACCAGCGGCAAGGGGAUGUAGAACGGUGCAUAACAUGGCUUGAGCGUGCCGCUGCUAUUGCCCUGAACAUUUGGGGGCCAAAGGCCAUUGCCACAGGUCACAUUGUCGACAAGGUCACGAGCCUGCAGCGCCAGUUCGGCAAAGACUUGUUGAGGAGUGCGAUGCGCUGGGAGGCGGCGCUUGUCUAAUUAGCGGUGUGCUAAGCACGCUCUGCCCUUUGAGGCCUUUUGGAUGCUCAUCGGCUGUCUCGGCUCUUCAGCCACACAUUUCUUGUACUUAGAACCUGUUACUUCCUCGUUGGUUGCAGUUUUGGAAACUUUGCUCGAAGUCCCGGGUUAACAGGAACGGCCUUCAAAGGGGGCCCUCUACGAGACCAUCUCCUUGUAACAUUUAACAUCUACAUGAUUCAUGCCAUCAACGAUUCAAUGCAUUAUC